AUGGCCAUAGACGAGGUCUCUGAGAAGGUGAAGGAGAUCGAUCGGCUGAGGGCUACAGCUAAGAAGCAGCAGGGCCCUCCCAGAGCGCAAAUAGUCCACAGGGUGGAGUGCCACAAGUGGAGGAGCGAUCACAAGUACUUCCUCGACGAGCCUUGGGUAGUCGAAAGCGGCCCGUUCGAUGCGCACCUAAGAGGGAGCCAACCCAUCAACAACUUUGAGCUCUAUCUUGAGAGGAACAAAGAGAUCGCACUUAUCGUGUACAAGGAUUACCAGUGCUGUGAUAAACCGGUGAAGAAUCCGCCCCGGAAUCAAGGUGAUAUUGGCCUGGGGAUAGAUGCCUCAUUUCUUCUGAAGGGAGAAGAGAUCUCCCUCAUCGCUCCCGAACUAAGGGAAGCAUUAGCCUGGAUCGCGGACGUAGCUCUUGAAGGGAUUCCUCAUCCAGAUUUCAAUGAAGCGAAUAACGACGGAGAGGAUGACGAGAUUCUGUAUCCUUACAUUUGGUACUUCCACAGACGCGUGGAAAUCCAUGACGAAAUCGACAAGCUGCCCCAAGCAACCCGGGUGUACGUGGACUGUUUCCGGGAUUAUGUUGAGUCUCGCAUGGAAGAAGAAUGGCAAAGUGUCAAAAGUCUUAUGGGGGAAGGGAAGAUCUCCGCUCAGUACAUGAAAUACCUCAUAGUUCCAGGCCAAAUCAUCAUAUCACAAGGAAACAACAGCGCCCUGUCACAGCGAACAGCAUCUGUCGCAGAAGAUUGGCUCCACGUGAGACAAUCUCCAGACUCGUUCUCGGCGUCAGUCUCUACAUACACGUGGGCUUUUGACGGAAACUUCAGCAAAACACAUAAAGAUAUCGAUAUAUAUGACAUUCCAUCUCUUGAGGAACCAUUUAAUAUCCUGGAUCUACGCCUGUAUCCGAUGGAGUUCGCCAGCGAGGAUGAAAUCGAGGCACUUCGCAAGCGUGGACACAUGUUCUGGAGGUGCCGCACAAGGAAUUAUGUCUCGCUCCACACUGAAUCAGAGGAUGGCAUGCAGAAUCCGAUGUCUGCUCGCUUCAUGGUCGAUAUCGCCACUCAUAAGCAAAUGCAUCGUGGCGACAAGUUGGACCGAGCGCGCGCGACGCCCGAGGAGGAUGAGUUGGAAGCCGAAUACAUGUUGCAGGACGACCCAGACCUCGGAGACGAGUUCUUUAUGUGUCUUCCUACGUCAAUACCGGGUUUCAAUAUGCAGAAGAAGGAAUGGGAAGAGACCAAGCUCCUCAUCCAGGCUGUCGUCACAAACCGGGUGCGCGCCUCAGAGAACACGGAUCUCAUCACUGGGAAAGGCAAUGGGCUUUUCAUUCUUUUACAUGGGGGACCUGGAACCGGCAAGACUUUAACCGCGGAAAGUGUUGCCGAGAUUGCGCGGAGACCUCUCUACAGGGUGACCUGCGGAGAUAUCGGUACAAAGGCUGAAGAUGUAGAGAAUUACCUCGAGGCUGUCUUGCUCUUAGGAAAGAAGUGGGACUGUGUUGUCCUCUUGGAUGAGGCGGACGUCUUCCUAGAGCAGCGGUCCGUUUCCAAUCUCGAACGAAAUGCACUCGUGACUGUUUUUGAGGGGAUUCUGAUCCUAACAAGCAACCGCGUGGGCAUUCUCGAUGAGGCUUUCAAGUCACGCAUCCAGCUCAACCUGCGGUACAAGACCCUGGAGUGGGACCAGCGGUUACAGAUCUGGAAGAACUUCUUGGAACGACUCCAGCGUCUGGAGCAAGAGAAGCUCAGAGAUGUUGGCCACGUGUAUCCAGGGCCGGAUAUCGGAUACGGCAUCAAGUUCAAGGAGAUCAGCAACGAGAUUGAGGUGCUGGCCAAGGCUGAGCUAAAUGGCCGCCAGAUCCGCAACGCCAUUUCUACCGCGCGGGAGUUGGCCACGUACCAACGCGAGCCUAUGGGCUAUGAACACCUUAAAACCGUGAUUAAGGAGGCAGAGAAGUUCGACGAGUACCUUCUGGAGCUUAAUGAGUACUAUACGGCAGACCAGAUCCAGAGGGAUAAGAAAGAGAGGUAG